AUGACUUUGAACAAGUUCUGCUUUGAGUUUCAGCUUUUUGUGGGGGCUCUGGAGAGUGAGUUUGUGUCGUGCCAGCUGCACCAGUGGAUCGACCUGAUCUUUGGCUACAAGCAGCAGGGUCCUGAGGCCACCAGGUCUCUCAACGUCUUCUACUACCUGACCUAUGAAGGGACCAUCAACCUCAGCUCCAUCACCGACCCCAUGCUCAGAGAGGCUGUGGAGGCACAGAUCAGGAGUUUUGGACAGACCCCAUGUCAGCUGCUCAUCGAGCCACACCCACCAAGGAGCUCCGCCAUGCAG